CAAGUCGAGUAUGAAAUCAUUUCAUAUCAAUAAUAUCAGGGUCUCCACGUUUUGCAGCCGAUAGGAUUUUUGUUCGGGUAUUCAUGGCAGGGCACUGUUUACCCCGCAUAACCCCGUAUUUUGUUGUAUUGUCUUGGCCCAAUAAUUUUUGUACGAUUAUGAUGUGAGUUCUAAUGUACGUCCCGAACCCGCGGCGCUGUUUGUUUCGACAAACUGAGACAGCGUCAUAAUUGCAUUAGCACCGCGUCGGGGACGGGCGUUGAUUCUGCUGGCAUUGCGAACGUGGGCAGAGCAGUGCGAGGAAGAGGAUGUUCUAGUAAAAGAAGAUCAAGCACCUGGUGUAGCUUCUGCAUAAAAAAUAGGAUGAUGAAUAUAAUCUGAUACACAACAUUUAAAAGAACGGAGGGGGACUUGCUCCUUAGAAACAAGAGGAAGGAUCAUUUGUCUAUUGAUCAGCUUUUGCUUGCUGUGCUGCAGAGGGGAGAGAGAGCGAAAGAGAAAGAGAAUCUUCGUUGGGCUGUGUCUGCCACCUUUGCUAGGAUUUACCCUCUCCACAGUGGUGGGCUUUCUCUCCGGACAGCUUGAGCUUCCUGAAACGCCACUCCCUCCCCUUCUCUCUGACCCAGCCGGCACCCGACUCCUGCACUGAUACCACUCACCAACCCUCUUCUGCUGCAAUUUGGGGACCCAGGGACAGAAGGACGCAGGACUGGCGCACCCCACAGUAAGGCCUGACGGAGUGAGGGUGUGAGGGAGUGCACGCCGCUACCCCACCCCUCCAGACCCCGUCACUCCCCACGUCACCAAGAUGUCAGCCAGGGAGCGCAGCCCCCGCCACCGGCCGUGGUCCGUGUACCGCGCCAACACCUUCGACCUCUCCUCCGAGGUUCUGGGGCUCACUCUCGCAGGAAACAGCCAGGAUCCAGAUGAACCCGUGCUGGAGUUCAGUCUGGCCUGUAGUGAGCUCACUACUCCAUCGCUGGACCGGAAACCCAACAGUUUUGUGGCCGUGAGCUGCACCACACCCCCACAGGCCUUCUGGACCAAGCAUGCACAGACGGAGAUCAUAGAGGGCACCAGCAACCCCGUCUUCCUGAGCAGCAUCGCCUUCUUCCAGGACUCGCUCAUCACCCAGCAGACGCAGAUCAAGCUGUCGGUGUAUGACGUGAAGGACCGGUCCCAGGGCACGAUGUACAUGCUGGGCUCGGCUCUUUUCCCAGUGAAGGAACUUCUGCAGGAUAAGCUGCACAGACUACACCUGAUGCUCAGAUCUUCAGAUAACAACAAUGUGGGCAACAUCACUGUCAUCGCCUGGCAAUUGGAGGAGAAGAGAGACCAGAGAGCUCCUUUGACCCGGCUCCCCGAAACCAUUAAAGGCAGGAUGGUCCUCCCCGUGGACGAGAGCCUGACGGAGUCGCUGGGAGUCCGAGCGAAAUACGCGUCGCUAUGCAAGGACACGUUCCUGAGAUCCGUGUUCGGGGGCACGAUGUCCCGCAUGUACCGCUUCCCCACCACGGACGGCAACCACCUCCGCAUCCUGGAGCAGAUGGCAGAGAGCAUGCUGUCACUCAACAUCCCCCGACAGUUCGUCAAACUGCUGCUGGAGGAAGAUGCUGCCAGGGUGUGUGAGCUGGAGGAGCUGGGAGAGCUCUCUCCCUGUUGGGAGAAUCUCCGACGUCAGAUUGUUACCCAGUACCAGACCAUCAUCCUCACCUACCAAGAGACUCUCACAGACCUGCAUGACUACAAAGGUCCCUCCUUCAAGGCCAGCAACCUGAAAGCUGAGAGGAAGCUGGAGUUCAUGCCCACCAACCUGCACGUCCAGAGGAUGAGGGUGCAGGAUGAGACGGGCUUUGAUCACACGUAUGACGUGGUGACGAUCGGGGCCCCCGCAGCCCACUGCCAGGGGUUCAAGAACAGCGGCCUGCGCAAGCUUAUCCACAAGUUCGAGGAGGCCAAGAAACACAUUUAUGAGGAGGAAUGCAGUGCCGUCUCCAGCUCCCAGUCCAUCGUCUACAUUCCCCAGGACAUCGUCCGCGCCAAGGAGAUCAUUGCCCACAUCAACACGCUCAAGACCCAGGUCAGCUACUACGCCGAGCGCCUGUCCCGCGCCGCCAAGGAUCGCUCAGCUAAUGGGCUGGAGAGGACCCUGGCCAUCCUGGCAGACAAGACGCGGCAGCUGGUGACGGUGUGCGACUGCAAGCUCCUGGCCUCGGCCAUCCAGGCCCUGAACGCCGCCCGGCCAGAGUACAUCGCCUCCAAGGCGUCGCCCUCCACCGCCGACGCGGACCAGGUGGUGCUACGCAACGACCAGGACACGCUGCUGGCCAAGUGGGCCGGGCGCAACAGCCGAUCCUCCCUGCACGUCAACUGGCACGAGGAGGAGUGGGAGAAGGUGUGGCUGAACGUGGAUAAGAGUCUGGAGUGCAUCAUCCAACGGGUGGACAAGCUUCUGCAGAGAGAGAGGCUGCAGAGCAGCAGCAGCGAAGAUGUCUUCCUGUGCGACCAGCAGGGCGGCGCCACCAAGAAAGAUGCCAGUCCCAGUCGGGAGGAGACAUCCCCAGGUGAGUGGAGUGAGGCUCUGUACCCGCUGCUCACCACGCUCACCGAAUGUGUGGCCAUGAUGAGUGACAAGGCCAAGAAGUCCAUGGUGUUCCUGCUCAUGCAGGACAGUGCCCCCACCAUCGCCAUGUACCUCAACCUGCAGUACCGAAGAGAUGUGGUCUUCUGCCAGACGCUGACAGCCCUCAUCUGUGGAUUCAUCAUCAAACUGAGGAACUGUCUCCGUGACGACGGCUUUCUGAGACAGCUCUACACCAUCGGCCUGCUGGCACAGUUUGAGAGCCUGCUGAGCACCUAUGGAGAGGAGCUGGCCAUGUUAGAGGACAUGAGCGUGGGCAUCAUGGACUUGAGGAAUGUCACCUUUAAGGUGACUCAGGCCCCCUCUGGCUCCGCCCCUGACAUGCUGCCCGUCAUCACUGGCAACCGGGACGGCUUCAACGUGCGCAUCCCGUUGCCAGGGACCAUGUUUGACGCGUUGCCACGGGAGAUCCAGAACGGCAUGCUCUUGCGUGUCCAACCCGUGCUGUUCAACGUGGGCAUCAAUGACCAGCAGUCCCUGGCUGAGAAGCUCGGAGAUACGUCAUUACAGGAGAUUAUCAACAUGGAGAGCCUGGCCCGUCUCAACUCCUACUAUGAGCAGUUCAAAGAGGUUUUGCCUGAAGAUUGUCUCCCUCGUUCCCGCAGUCAGACCUGCCUGCCGGAGCUGCUGAGGUUCCUGGGGCAGAACGUUCACGCCAGAAAGAACAAGAACGUGGACAUCCUGUGGCAGGCUGCUGAGAUCUGCCGGCGGCUGAACGGGGUGCGCUUCACCAGCUGCAAGAGCGCCAAGGACCGCACGGCCAUGUCCGUCACGCUGGAGCAGUGCCUGAUCCUGCAGCACGAGCACGGCAUGGCCCCGCAGGUCUUCACCCAGGCCCUGGACUGCAUGCGCAGCGAGGGUUGUCGACGGGAGAACACCAUGAAGAAUGUGGGAUGUCGCAAGUAUGCUUUUAACUCUCUGCAACUAAAGGCCUUCCCCAAAUAUUAUUGGCCUCCAGAAGGUACUUAUGGGAAAGUGGAGACCUGAUAGGACAGCUGGCCUCCAAACCCAACCAAUAGAAAAAGGGGGAAGAACAAAAAAACGAAUCAUGCCGCUUCAUGUAAAAUCACUCUUAAGAUAACAAAUCACAAGAAAUUCUAUGACAUGUGUAUAUUUAAUUCAUAUGUGUGAAUUUGGUUUCUGCACACGCACAAAACCUAAAACUAAAAUAAACCUUUAAGGCCUGCAGUGAACAGGAUUUCAUUGUCCUUUUAGUCAUUAUUCUUAACUGCACUACAGUUCAGUAAGUACAGUACGUAUGGUCUGUCCUUUUCACAGUAUUUUAAAGAUAAUGACAGUUAUUGCUCCAGAGUGUAAAUUUGCUUUACAGUAUACUGGACAACUAUGGCAUACAGUGAGUACCCAGCAGGGGUGCAGCAGUUCACAAAACUCAUGGUUCGGUUCAGUUCACUGUUUUGGUUUUACGGAUUCAGUUAGGUUCGGGUCUUAAAAUCUUUGGUAAAGCAGAGAAAAGGGUAUCACUGCUAUGUUCCCGUGACAGUUCAUAUAAAGUUAAGAAAUCCCUGCUGAGAUCAUAUCUCAUAGCUGCCCGUGUGAUCACUUACCUAAGGCUCAUCAUUACUCGUCUCAACAGGAAUAUCUUGUACAUUUCAUUUGGUGUCGGUGCAUGUGAGGUCUGCAUUGCUGCAUUUUUAUUGGUGAAGCAGAGAACAUCUAGAGUGCUUCUAUACUGUCUGAACCUGUCAUAGCAUAUGGUGCUUGCACAUGCAGAAAUACUUUAGAGUCACACUAAUUCUCCCUAAAACUUGCUCUGCCUCUGGGCUGACCAUGACCUUUCCUGUCUUGUCCAAUGUGAUCUGAGCUGGGCCUGUAGACGGAAAGCAGAGCCCUUGUAAACAUUCCCAGUUGCUUGGUGGCCAGGCCCAAUGCUGCACAUGAUGUUGUUUUUCGUAACAACAUCCUGGUUGUUCUCUUGUUUACCUACAUAACAGCCUCACAUGCAGGUGUAUUCUCCAGGUGUAUCUUUGUGCUUUCACAAGUUUUUGAGAUGGGAAGACUGAGUGCAUUCCUCUGCACUGAGGCGGAUCCCAAGUAUUCAGGUCUUUGGAAAGAAUGUGAAUUGUGAAAGAGCGUAUCGUGGUCCUAGAGAUAGCUUUAACAAUGUGCUAAGUCCGCUCAGUGCUGAAACACUCACUAAAUACAUGCACUUUCAGGUUUUAUUGUUUUAAUUAAAAGAAGUAGGGUACAAGUUUAUUUAUUCUGUAACUGAAUGCAACAUGAUAAUGUUUGGAGAUCCAGAGACAGAAUCUAUGCUAAGAGAGUACUGAACAAGCCACUUCCCCACAAAGAAACCUCUUGGAGCUAGAGCGCUUUUCCACAUACAAGUGUGCCGUUGUUGGCAUUGUACCAUAUGAGAUUCAGCAUCUGAGAGUACCUCACUAUGAGUAAGCAGGCAUUCAUUUUAAGCUUCUUCUUGCACAUCUAUUUACCAGUGUUCACCAGCAGUGGGAUGGAGAUUUUGUUCAACUCGUGUCACUGUCAUGUCCUCAUGUUUCCUUUAAUGUUUUGAAUUUCUAGCAGAAAAUAUGCAUGUGAAUUGCCAUGCACUUCAAUGUGAUGAUUAAGGACUUAUUGAGAUAGAAAUACUGACCUUUAUUGGGUCAAUAAUAUUCCAAUUGUUUAUAGGGUUUGAGGGUUCAUAUUAAUGCGUUUAAGCUUUAAUAUGAUGUUUGGCGCAAAUGGUAGCUGCAGUUAUAGUCAAUAACCUGACGGAAACUGAACUCGUCUUUGUUUUGUGCACACGAGAGAGACGUUUCCUUUAAUUGAUUUGUACAAUGUAAAUGGUUAAAUGUAAGGAUGGCUUGUGCUUCAGUCAUUCAACAAAUAAAUCAAGGGAUCUUACGAAUACCCAUAGCUCCAAAUUUACUUUGCCCACUACUAACUUGUUACUGGCUUGUUCUGAAAAAUAUUGGUACACAUCUUCGUUCUGCUCCAAACAGAUCUCUCACUUCCUGCUACUAUAAUUGAUUUGGUUGUAAAAUAAACAGUCUAGAACUCGAGAGCUAGAACUCCCCCAUGCGGAUCAAUCAUUGGAAACAAGAAUUCCAUACAGUAUGAACAUUUUGUUGUUUUUAGUCACUAAGGGAACUGUGAAAUAUUAAACUGUACUGGACAACCAAUAUAAAGGCUUUGUAUUUAUUUGAAAUGGUAAAGCAAAAGCAUCUUUAAAUGCAUGCAUGCAGCAAAACUUGCAUAUAAUUGUGCUUUUUAAAAAGGUACCAAUGUACUGCUAGAAAAUGUCAAUUUGAUCAGUUGUGAAAUGUGAUUUGUAUAAUGUAACUACUGACUUCUCACUAUGAGUCAAUAUUACUAUAAAGUUUAUUUUCAAUGAUUUAGACAUGAUUACUUUUUAGAUUUAAUUUAUGUUUAUUCUUUAUAAAUAAGAACUGUAUAGCUCAUGCUCUACAAAUGCCUUCUGCCAAAGUAAACAUUUUGGAAUUUAUAUUGGAUUUAUUUUUACAGUAUUAAACAUUUAUGUUUUGUUAUACAUACAAAGAAAGGGUGUCUUUGUAGUUUUGAGUUUUGCUGUGAAAUGUGCUUUAUCUCUAAUACUCCUGUAUAACAUACACUAUUAAAAAAUGACUCAUCCCAA